UGGUUUUAGUCUGGUACACGGUGGUAACAACGCAUCAAUAACGAUAUCCUAAGUCAUAAUUCCCAAUAAUAUCCAACUUUACUAUCCAAGUAAUAUAGACAAUGAAGUUGUAGUAACUACUAACUACUAACUUUAGUAAACACAUAGUUGAUACUAAUCUAUGUUAUAUAGUAAUCAAAUUAAAAUUACUAUUUACACAAUUUAUUUUACUAACUUCAAUUAACCUUACGUAACUUUUAACUAGCUGAAUUAAAUGUUUAACAAAUUUAUUUAUGUGUUUUAAUUUUCAAUACGAUAAUUUCAUAUUAAAAAUUUUUAAAAAUAAUACGUAUUUUUAACGGCAUUAAUAAUUAGAGCAAUAUGUCCAAAGAAGUAAUGAUUACUACUCCUACUACACCAGUUCAACAAGGCUUGUUUAGAAAACGAAGCAGCAGACCAGUGCACAUAAAAUCAUGGACCAUCAUGUUAAACAAAAACGGUUUUGUACGGUGUCAUCUUCAGCAUUGCCGUUACAUAGCUUAUUGCAUAGAUGACAUGAGAGAGCAUUUCAAAACAUGUCGCGGAGAAGUAGCUGGAAAUUUUGUGUGCCCAACGUGUGGUGGUCAAACAACAUCGCAAGAAGCACUUGAUUAUCAUAAACAAAACAAUCAUAAAGAUUCUGAUAUAAUGUCAAUUAUUAUAAAACCCACGCUCACUGAACAACAAUUAACGUUGUGGACAACUGAUAUCAAGACUCGUGGAUAUACUCAGUGUUUCAUGCCUGAUUGUCAUUUCAUUAGUUAUAAAAUUUCUGAGCUUGAACAACACUAUGAAAAGUGUCUAGGUGAAGAUCCAGACACUUCGUCUAAGUUUUUAUGUCGUCAUUGUAAAGGUUAUACAUCAUCCCAACAAGCUCUACAAUUCCACCAAAACAAUCAUCAUAAAGAUUUACUGUUUCCUAUAAAACAGGAAAAUAAAGAUGAUUUUGAUGAAGAUAAUAAAAUUAAAUCUUACCCAAUGGGACAGUAUGGACAUCCAACAUCAAGUGCUACAAAUCCUGCUAGCAAAAUAGUAACAUAUUCUCAAUGGAAAAUGCAAGAAGACUUAGCUGACACGGAAUCUAUCUGUUCUGAGGUGAAUGUUAACAAUCCAACUGAUGCUCAAAUUAAAGAUUGGAUAAUAGAUUUAAAAAAUGGUUAUGUACAUUGCAAUCAUAAUUCUUGCAAAUACAUGUCAUUUGAUGUAGAUGAUAUGAAUGAUCAUUUUGCUACAUGUUUUGAACCAUAUCUAGACGAUGAAUUUGAAUGUUCUAUUUGUGGAGGUAAAACCACAUCAUCAAAUAAACUAAAAACACAUCUUUUGCAUCAUCAUGAAGAAGGUUACAAACACUUAACAGAAGAGGAGUGUGGUUUUAAAUUGGUUGAAACUGAAGAUGGCUUAGAAUUGCAGUCUGAAAAUAAAGAGCCUAUAAAACGUAAAAUUGAUGAGGUUGAUGAAGAAUAUGAAGAGAAACAUUCUGUCAAACGAAAGUCAUAUGAUAUACCCUACAACCAUUUAACCAAAUGGCGUGAUGAACUAUUACGUAACAAAUUUAUAAGAUGUACUGCUGCAGAUUGCAGUUAUUUAGCUUUGGACAUGCUAGAAAUGAAACAGCAUUCAGAUGAGCAUGUGGAUAGUGUUUACUGGUCCUUUAAGGAUCGCAAUUUAGAAGAUAGAGUAGCAAAUUAUUGUGAUGCGUGCAAUGGUCAUUUUAAAACUGUAAAACAUUUAGAUGGUCAUAAAUUAGUAUCACAUAAUAGUAGUGAUACAUCCAAUAUAGAUAGCUUAUUAAUAGAUGCCAAUGAAGAAAAUAUUGAAGACGAUGAAGAAAUUGAAGAAAUUUUUUAAGUAUUAAUAUUGAUCUAAGUUGAUAUUCUCACAUACCUACAUUAAGAUUGUAAAUACACAGUGUGUGUUCAAUUUUAUCUCGUAUCGGCCAACAGUUCAAUAUUAUACUAUUAUUGUACUAUUAAAAUAAGUUAUGUUCUUUUUUUUUUGUCAUUUUUAUAGCUUCUCGAAAAAUUAAUUAAACCUGGUUUUGACAAUUAAUAUAAAUUGUUUUGUAUUAUUUUCUUAUAGCUUAGAUUAUCUAUUCAAUGUUGUUUUUUAAUUGUACCGUGUAUUAGGAAUACUGUUAGUUUCUUCUACCUAUCUUUUAGUACAUAAUUUUUAUAAAAUUAUUGAAACCAUAUUAAAAAAUGUAUUAUACAUUUUGUAUGUAAUAAUUAUUUUGUAUUGUGCUACUCAUGUAACCUUUAACAACAAUUUUCACAAUCAUUUAUGUAAUUUAAAAAGUGUUAAUAUUGUAUUUUAAACAUUUAUAAUACUAAGAUUUUUAAGAUUAUUACCACACCUACAAAGUUUACAGAAUUUAGUGUAGAAUGUAUAAAUGUUUUGUUAGGUAAAUUUGGAUCUAUUAUAUAAUUUAUUUUAAUUUGUAUGUACAUUAACUACAUUUGAUCGCUGUUAUAAAAAAGUACGAUGAUACAACGGUUAAAUAAUAAAUAGUCAACAAUUAUAUAAUUAUGCUAAAAAACCAUACUUUGAUAUAUAUACUGUUGGUAAUGUGAGCUUUCCUCACAAUAUUAUUAAUUAAUUUAUGAACUGAAUUUUAUUAAUUUAGACAUUAUUGAAAAAUUAAAAUAAUAAUUAUAUCAUGUGGUUAUAGACAAUUUUGAAAAUGUAUUUCUGGGGCUACACAAUGCACAGACUGACUAGCUCUUCGUUUUAAUUUUGUAAUAUAUAAUACACUCUUUAAACUUAU